AGCUCUUCAACGUCAUCUCUGGGAGUAGGGACUUGCUAGAAGAAGUACAGCAGAUGAUAUUAAACUGUCACUUGCAAUGCCCCCUAAAAUGACACAGACCUACUGAGUUGGUUGUGAGUCACUCAGAAUGAAUCACCCUUCUAGCAGCUAUUCUUGCCAAUUAGGGGGCCUGUUUCUGAGCAGCCAACUCUGAAAUGAACUUAAAGAAUUUUGUUCUAUGAGAGAUAAUUGAUUUACAUUGUCCAAACAGGGAAGGGCCCCUGUGUGGGUAAUUACAGUGCAGGUGAAUAGGCUUUCAUCUUGGGGUAGAACUUUAUUGCUCUAGUAUGGGAGGAAUUGGUGGUUUAAUAGGUUAAACCAAGUUUGGAACCGUUAUUUGGCUGAGAAAGCAUAGAAGCAGCAAUCCAACUUGACAUUUACCCUGACUUCCAAGCCAAGAGAGAUCCAUGGUGUGGACUAGGCUCUUUCUUUUUCUUUUCUGUCCUCAAAGUUCCUGCCCUCCUGCAGUAGAUUCUUUCCCGUAUCAUCAUCAUGUCUUUUAAAACCGGCCUUUUAAAUAGGCCGGGUGCGGUGGCUCACACCUGUAAUCCAGCACUUUGGGAGGCUGAGAUGGGUGGAUCACGAGGUCAGGAGGUCGAGACCAUCCUGGCUAACACAGUGAAACCUCAUCUCUAUUAAAAAUACAAAAAAUUAGCCGGGUGUGGUGGUGGGCGCCUGUAGUCCCAGUUACUCGGGAGGCUAAGGCAGGAGAAUGACAUGAACCCAGGAGGCGGAGCUUGCAGUGAGCAGAGAUCACACCACUGCACUUCAGCCUGGGUGACAGAGUGAGACUCCGUCUCAAAAAAAAAAAAAAAAAACCUACUAAAUAACGGCGGGGUGGCUCACGCCUGUAAUCCUAGCACUUUGGGAGGCUGUGUCGGGCGGAUCACCUGAGGUCGGGAGUUCAAGACCAGCCUGACCAACGUGGAGAAACCGCGUCUCUACUAAAAAUAUAAAAUUAGCCAGGCAUGGUGGUGCGUGCCUGUAAUCCCAGCUACUCAGGAGGCUGAGGCUGGAGAAUUGCUUGAACCCAGGAGGUGGAGGUUGCAGAGAGCCACAAUUGUGCCAUUGCACUCCAGCCUGGGUCUCAAAAACAAACAAACAGAAAACCUACUAAAUAACAUAGAUGACAUCUGUUUACUCCUAAAACCAGCUUUCUACCCCUCCCUUCCCUGCUUUGCUGUUACGUGAUCUGUUGGGGAAAUAUUUUAUUUUACUUUAGGGUGAAUUUUGUUAUGAAAUUAUAGGGUAGAAUUAUAUAUUUAUCUGAAAAUAUCUGUUGAAAAAAAAGAAGAUAGCUCAAGAUGUGCUGCUUCUUGCCUUUCUCCUCCUAGAUGUUUAGACAGUAUAAAUUCAGAUGCUAAACGGUGUCCUUAUUUCCUCUAAUGGGCAUACCAGAAUUCUGGCUAUUCAGGUUCCUGGACGUGUGUUUUGCAUCUGUUACAUACAUAAGUGGUAACGUCCUUAUCUUGGCUAUUUGGGGGGACAAAGGAGCCCCACAUAUGCAGGCCUUACACUUCUCUUUUGCCUUGGGUGCCUUUUUGGCUCCACUGCUAGCUAAACUGGCUUUGGGUCCGACAGCGUCUGCUGAAAACCACACAGAGUCUGACUUCCAUCCCGCACUCAACCGAUCAUCUGACGCUGACUCAGAAGCUCUGUUUGGAGUACCUAAUGAUAAGAAUUUACUGUGGGCUUAUGCUGUUAUCGGUACUUACAUGUUCUUAGUUUCUGUCAUUUUUUUUUGUCUGUUUUUAAAGAAUAGCUCAAAGCAAGAAAAAGCAAGAGCAUCUGCUGAGACAUUUCGAAGAGCAAAAUAUCACAACGCCCUUCUUUGUCUCCUUUUUCUGUUCUUCUUUUUUUAUGUUGGAGCUGAGGUAACAUAUGGCUCUUACGUUUUCUCAUUUGCAACCACCCAUGCUGGCAUGAAAGAAAGUGAAGCCGCUGGGUUGAACUCCAUCUUCUGGGGGACAUUUGCAGCCUGCAGGGGCCUGGCAAUCUUUUUUGCUACCUGUUUACAGCCUGGAACCAUGAUUGUGUUGAGCAACAUUGGCAGCCUGACUUCAUCUUUAUUUCUGGUGCUUUUUGACAAGAACCCAAUUUGUCUCUGGAUAGCAACUUCAGUGUAUGGGGCUUCAAUGGCAACCACAUUUCCGAGUGGUGUUUCUUGGAUUGAGCAGUACACGACCAUCCAUGGGAAAUCUGCAGCAUUUUUUGUAAUUGGUGCUUCCCUGGGAGAAAUGGCUAUUCCUGCAGUCAUUGGAAUUCUUCAGGGAAAAUACCCUGAUUUGCCUGUAGUUCUGUAUACCUCUUUGGGAGCAUCAAUAGCUACUGGUAUUUUAUUUCCUGUGCUAUAUAAAUUAGCCACUUCACCUCUUGAUCGCCAGCGAAAAGAAGACAGAAAGAGUGAGGACCAGAAAGCUCUGCUCUCUAGCUCCGGGCUAAAUGAAUAUGAGGAAGAGAAUGAAGAGGAGGAUGCAGAAAAAUGGAAUGAAAUGGAUUUUGAAAUGAUUGAAACGAAUGAUACAAUGAGGCAUUCUAUAAUAGAGACAUCUAGAAGUAGUCUGACGGACCCCAUCGCUGAAGUCUAUAAUCAAUACCCAUCAAAUGCACUGGUGUUUGAGUCUUCUCCUUUUAAUACUGGCAGUGCCCAUGUGAAGCACUUGCCAGAAACCAGGACAAAAGGGACUGACAUUUAGAGAAGAUGGAUUACUCACUGACAUCUUUGAAUAACUGCCACUUCUAAGGACGCCAUUCAGAGCAGAGCAUUAGCAGAAUUUCACCAUGCUUUGGGGAUUAAAAUUUUUAGGUCCAUAUUAUAGCAAAUGCUAAACAUUUUUGAAAUGUUCUGUAAUUCCCAGAGUCUUCCAUAAAUAACCAAAUGGUCUCAUACACGUACAGUAGGAUCUUGUUAUAACGCUAGUAUUUGACAUGUGACUGAUUAGGAAAUAUUUUAUGGUCUCCACCCCUCAGAGCACCCAAAGAAGACAUUGUUUUUGAGAAGGGGGGUAUUCUCAUAGAAUGAGACCAUGUAGGAGUUGAAUUGAUUGGUUGAACAAAUUAUCAGGUAUCAAUAUUUUUCCAGGAAAGUUGAGGAGAAUAGUUUCAUAAAAGAGAAAUGGGCUGGGUGCAGUGGCUAAAGCCUGUCAUCCCAGCACUUUGGGAGGCCGAGACGGGCCGAUCACGAGGUCAGGAGAUUGAGACCAUCCUAGCUAACACAGUGAAACCCUGUCUCUACUAAAAAUACAAAAAAUUAGCCAGGCGUGGUGGCGGGCACCUGUAGUCCCAGCUACUUGGGAGGCUGAGGCAGGAGAAUGGCGUGAACCCGGGAGGUGGAGCUUGCAGUGAGCCGAGAUCAUGCCACACCGCACUCCAGCCUGGGCGACAGCUAGACUCCGUCUCAAAAAAGAAAUGGAGAGGUAUUUUUAUUAAUUGCUUUACCUUAUCUGUAGGGUUGGAUCAAAGAAUGCUAAUGACUCAUUUGAUUUCUAAUUUCAAUGAAGAGAACACAGAACAGGGCCCAAGGGGUCUGGCUUCAAGCCUUGACUUCUUCUAGCCCUGCACUCUGUCACUUAACGUAGGCCUUGUUUAUCUCGCCUCCUGAUCUGUGAUUCUAGAAAUGAAAAUGAGAUGAUUUCCAAAUUGGGAAUCCGUAAGUUUUAAAGUUUGUGCAAAAUGUCUGCUAGAAAUUAGUACAAGUGACAGCAUGUUCUUCAUUUCAAAUGAGAAGUGAAACCAAAAUGAUAAAUAGCUUUAAGAAUGUGCUAAUGAUAAAUGAUUACAUGUCAAUUUAAUGUACUUAAUGUUAAUACCUUAUUUGAAUAAUUACCUGAAUAUAUUUUUUAGUACUGCAUUUCAUUGAUUCUAAGUUGCACUUUUUGCCCCCAUACUGUUAACAUAUCUGAAAUCAGAAUGUGUCUUACAAUCAGUGAUCGUUUAACAUUGUGACAAAGUUUAAUGGACAGUUUUUUCCCAUAUGUAUAUAUAAAAUAAUGUGUUUUACAAUCAGUGGCUUAGAUUCAGUGAAAUACAGUAAUUCAUUCAAUUAUGAUAGUAUCUUUACAGACAUUUUAAAAAUAAGUUAUUUUUAUAUGCUAAUAUUCUAUGUUCAAAUGGAAUUUGGAGACACUAUGUUCUAAUUUUAAGAGCUGUUUCAGUGUUAUUAGAUUAGUAGUAGGGCUGUAGAUGGGGUCUUUCGAGGUCCUUUGCCUACCUCAGUAACAGAGGCUGGGUCUGAGCCUUGCUCAAGAUUAGCUCUUCACCAGGUCUGUGUGGUAAUCAUAUCGCAGUUACCGUAAGUCACGCUGCAAGUGUAAUUUACAGUGAGGCAUAGUCUUUUCCAGUGAUUGGAAUACUUGUGUCACCGAUCCAGGGUUUCUCUUUCCUGAGUCUGAAAUACCUGGGAAACCAGUUAGAAGGUGACUGGGUAGCCUAGGAGUCAAGGAUCAGAAAGGGUACUUCAUAUGUAUAUGGCAGAAUUGCUGCAGGUGAUCCUUUGAAAAAUGACAAGAAUUGAUGAAAUUUUGUUUACUUCCUCCAGUUUUAUGCUGAAUAACAUCUCCUUUCUACCUGAUUGGAGUAGGCUUGCUUUCUCUUACUUAAUUUCUAUAAAUUUGCCAUUGUUUUGUCUCAAGUAAAAUACAGUGUCUUUCUUGACCACUGCCCAUUCACCUUAUAUGCCUGCCACAGUCUUGGUUCAUGUAAUAACCUAACAGCUUUGGAGACGGCAGUGGAGAAGUUAAUGGUAAAAACCUUCUUGCUCUUUUUAUUUUUAUUUAUUUAUUAGGGGUGGGGGAUGGUGUCUUACUGUGUCACUCAGGCUGGAGUGCAAUGACGUGAUCUCAGCUCACUGCAACCUCUGCCUCCCUGGUUCAAGUGAUUCUUCUGCCUCGGCCUCCUGAGUAGCUGGGAUUACAGGCAUGCACCACCAUGCCCAGCUAAUUUUUGUGUUUUUAGUAGAGAGGGGGUUUCAUCAUGUUACCUAGGCUGAUCUCAAACUCCUGAUCUCAAGUGAUCCGCCCACCUCAGCCUCCCAAAGUGUUGAGAUUACAGGCAUGAGCCACCGUGCCUAGCCCUUUUGCUCUUUUUAUAGUGUAAAUUUCCCUCAGUUAGAACUUGGAAAUUACUUCUGCUUCACUUACUGCCUUUUCUCAGGUUGUUGGAAUCUAGGCAGUAGCAGUUACUUGGCAGCUAGGAGGCUUGCUGGAAUAGGAAUUCCACCUUCAGCAUUUACUGUUACAGGGUAGAAGAUGCAGCUCAGGGAGAGAAGGAUGAUGAUAAGAACAUGGCAGAAAAUCUCAAAAUCCACUCUGGAAAAUUCACUAUGUUUCCACACACCAACAUGUGAAUCGUCAUAUGAGAUCAUAGGGCAUUGUUAAAGUUCCAUAUUGGAAGGAAAAGACUUAGUACAAUUCUAAGAAUUAGCAUUCAUCCUGCUGAUCAGUUCUUAGCUAAGUGUCUGCUGAUAACCUAAGUAACCAAUAUACCCAAGUGUUCUAUUGCUGGGUCACACAGUACCACACAUUGAACACCUUAAAACAAUAGACAUUUGGUAAUGUCUGUACAGGCUGUACAGGGUGCUUCAGUACAGGACCUUACUCAUGUAGACUGAGGUACGUGUUUCUUGCUGACUGUCAGCUGGGCACCACUCAGCUUCGAGAGGCCUCCCACAGUUCUUGCCAUGUGGCCCUCUCACAGAUGCCUCUCACAACAUGGCAGUUUCUUCAAAGCAAGCAGGAGAAUCUCUAAAUGAGUCUUGUAUGACAUUACGUCAUUAUGGGAAUAACAUCCCAUCACCUUUGCCAUAUUCUAGCGUCUAGAAGCAAGGUAUGAGUUCCACCGAAACUCAAGGGUAGAGGCUAGAACAGGGAUGUGACUCAUUGCGGAUCACCUUAGAGCAUGCCUGCCACACUCGGGUACCUGCAGAAUAGAGAUUCUCAAAAGAGCUAAAAACUGAGCUAAGAGCAGGACAUGAUGGCUCACACCUGUAAUCCCAGCUACUCAGGAAGCUGGGGUGGAAGUAUCUCCUGAGGUCAGGAGUUUGAGACCAGCCUGGGCAAUAUAGUGAGACCUCUGUCUCUAAAAAUUUUAAAAAGAGACCCCUUCUCUAAAAAACAGAAAGGCUGGGCACGUUGGCUCAUGCCUAUAAUCCCAGCACUUUGGGAGGCCGAGGUGGGCGGAUCACAAGGUCAGGAGAUCAAGACCAUCCUGGCUAACAUGGUGAAACCCCAUCUCUACUAAAAAUACAAAAAAUUAGCCAGGCGGGCGUGGUGGCGGGUGCCUGUAGUCCCAGCUAUUCGGGAGGCUGAGGCAGGAGAAUGGCGUGAACCCAGGAGGCGGAGCUUGCAGUGAGCCGAGAUGGUGCCACUGCACUCCAGCCUGGGUGACAGAGCGAGACUGUCUCAAAAAAAAAAAAAAAAAAAACAUUCAACUAUGAGCUGGGGAAAAAAGCUGCAGCGGUCACUGAAAGUGCUUACAGGUACAGCUAGUAUGGGGAUGGAAUAUGCCCCAUUAGCCAGGCCAACAAAUCUCAUAUAGGAGAAUCUUUUUUAUGUUUGUUUGACAGUGGGUGAGUUAUCGCAGAGUUAUGCCUUUUUUUUCUCUCAUUAUUUUAUGUCCCUUAUCACUGUGCCUUUAACCUACUGAAAUGCAUUUGAGGCCGGGUGCCGUGGCUCACGCCAAGAUGGCGCCACUACACUCACUCCAGCCUGGGCAACAGAGGGAGACUCCAUCUCAAAAAAAAAAAAAAAAAAAAAAAAAGGAAAUACAGUUGAAUAUGAGGGAAAUAAGUAAAUUUCAGUUUGAGUUUAUUUGUAUUUUAUAAUAAAAUCCAGGGACAUUUUGAGAGUAUUUUUCAAUUACUCUGUUACUUUUAAAAGAAAAAUCUUUUGAAAAAUUACUUUUUAUUAUAAAAACAAGGCAUAAAAUUUUGGCACAAAAAUAUAAGGAACAAGUAUAAUCCAUAAUCCUAAGCACCUAGAAAAGUUCUUACAUUUCUCAAAUUUCCUAAGUAAAGGGUAAAAGGAAAAAAAAAUUCUCCAUCAGAUAAAGUAUCAGAAAUAACUUGAAUUUUGUGUCUAAAGUAUAUUGACAUUACAGUUGGUGAACUGGUUAUUAGUUUGAAGAAUUAUAGUUUAUUUUUUAAAAAAAACCUAAUUGGGAGAUGAUCAGUAGAUUCCUUGAGUAAUCAGGAUAGCUUUCUCAUGUCCAGAACUUUUGGCUGGGCGUGGUGGCUCACACCUGUAAUCACAGCACUUUGGGAGGCUGAGGUGGGUGGAUCACUUGAGGUCAGGAGUUUGAGACCAGCCUGGCCAACAUGGCAAACCCCAUCUCUACUAAAAAAAAAAAAAAAAAAAAGUACAAAUAGUUAGCUAGGUGUGGUGGCAGGCAUUUGUAAUCCCACUUCUGGGGAGGCUGAGGCACGAGAAUCACUUGAACUUGGGAGGCGGAGUUUACAGUGAGCUGAGAUCACGCUACUGCACUUCAGCCUGGGUUACAAAGUGAGACUCUGUCUAAAAAAUUUAAAAUAACCAGAACUUUUGAUUUAUCAUGGCAAUGUGUCACUCAGUCCCCAAUCCUGCUACUUAAAAGUUAUUUUUAUUUUUUAAGUGGCCUCAUCGCAGCUCACUGCAGCCCUGACCUCCCAGGCUCAAGCAAUCCUCCUACCUCAGCCUCCCAAGUAGCUGGGACUACAGGCUUGUGCAACCAUACCUGGCUAAUUUUUGUAUUUUUUGUAGAGACAGGGUUUUGCCAUGUUGGCCAGGCUGGUCUCAAACUCCUGACCUCAAGUGAUCCACCUGUCUAGGCCUCCCAAAGUGCUGGGAUUACAUGCGUGAGCCACCAUGCCCAGCCCACCUGUGAUAUUUUGAUACAUGCAUACAAUGUGUAGUGAUCAAAGCAGGGUAAUUAGGAUAUUAAUUAUCUCAAGUGUUAUAAUUUCUUUGUGUUAGGAAAAUUCCACAUCUUGUGCUAUAGCUGUUUUCAGUUAUAUACUGGAUUAUUGAACUAUAGUGACCGUACUAUGCUGUUGAACGCUAGAACUUCUUCCUUCUAACUGUAUUUUUUUUUUUUUUUUUUUUGAGAUGAAGUUUCACUCUUGUUGCCCAGGCUGCAGUGUAAUGGCGCGAUCUCUGCUCACUGCAACCUCUGUCUCCCAGGUUCAAGCCAUUCUCAUUCUUCAGCCACCCAAGUAGCUGGGAUUACAGGCAUGUGUCACCAUUCCUGGCUAAUUUUUGUAUUUUUAGUAGAGAUGGGGUUUUACCAUGUUGGUCAGGCUGGUCUCGAACUCCUGACCUCAAGUGAUCCACCCACCUUGACCUCUCAAAGUGCUGGGAUUACAGGUGUGAGCCACCGCACCCGAUCUCUAUCUAACUGUAUAUAUAUAUGUGUAUAUUUUUUAAGACGGAGUCUUGCUCUUGUCACCCAGGCUGGAGUGCAAUGGCACAAUUUCGGCUCACUGCAACCUCUGUCUCCUGGGUUCAAGCGAUUCUCCUGCCUCAGCCUCCCAAGUAGCUGGGAUUACAGGCAUCCACCACCAUGCCCAGCCAAUUUUUGUGUUUUUAGUAGAGACGGGGUUUCACCAUGUUGGCCAGGCUGGUCUCGAACUCCUGACCUCAGGUGAUCCACUUGCCUCGGGUCAGAGAAGAUAUUUUGAUCAGAAAUGGUUAUAUUUUGGUCAGAAAAGAUUAUAUUGUGGUCAGAAAAGAUUAUAUGUUUUUUGAGUUAGGAUAUCGCUCUGUUGCUCAGGCUGGAGUGCAGCGGCCUAAUCAUGGCUGACUGCAGUCUCAAGCUUUUAGGCUCAAGCAAUCCCCCGCCUCAGCCUUCUGAGCAACUAGGAUUACAGGUGUCACUAUGCUUACUAUUAUUAUUAUUAUUUUCUAUUGUAGAGAUGGGGUCUCACUGUGUUGACUAGGCUGGUUUUGAAUUCCUGGCCUCAGACGAUCCUCCCGUCUCAGCCUCCCAAACUGCUGGGAUUACAGGUAUGAGGUACUGUGUCCAGCCAGAAAAGAUUCUUGAUAUGAUUUUAAUUCUUGUAAAUUAGUUGAGAUUUGUUUUUUUGUUGUUGUUUAACAUGUGGUCUAUCCUGGAGAAUGUGCUGAUGAGAAGAAUGUUUAUUCUGUAGCUGUUGGGUGAAAUGUCCUGUAAAUGUCUGUUAGGCCCAGUUGGUCUAAAUCUAAUGUUUCUUUGUUGAUUUUCUGUCUAGAUGAUCUGUCCAGUGCUGAGACUGGAUUACUGAAGUCCCCAACUACUAUUGUAGUUGGAGUCUAUGUGCCCAUUUAUUUUUUUAAUUUUUUGAGACAGAGUCUCACUCUGUUACCCAGGCUGGAGUGCAGUGGCACAAUUACGGCUCACUGUAGUUUUGACCUCCUGAGCUCAAGUGAUUCUCUUGCUUCAGCCUUUUGAGUAGUUGGAACUACAGGUGUGUGUCACCAUGGCUAAUUUGUUAUUUCUUUAAUAGAGGUGGGGCCUCAGUAUGUUUCCCAGGCAGGUCUUGAACUGCACUCAAGUGAUCUUCCCACCUUGACCUCCCAAAGUGCUGAAAUUACAGGCAUGAGCCACUGUGCCUAGCCUAAUUUUUAAAUUAUUUCUAGAGACAAGGUCUCACUGUGUUGCGCAGGCUGGUCUCAAACUCCUGGGCUCAAGCAUUCCUCCCACUUUGGCCUCCCAAAGUGCUGGGAUUACAUGUGUGAGAGCCCCUUGAAAUAUAAGAAUAUUGGCUUUAUUUAUUUUGGUGCUCUGGUGUUUGGUGCAUAUAUAUUUACAGUUGUUUUAUCCUUUUGAAUUGAUCUCUAUCAUUAUAUAGUGAUUUUCUUUGUCUCUUUUUACAGUUUUGGAUAUAGUCUAUUUUAUCUAAGCAUAGCUAUUCUUGCCUGGUUUUGGUUUUGCUUUGUGUGGAAUAUCUUUUUCCAUACCUACACUUUCAGUCCAUAUGUGUGUUUAUGGGUGAAGUGAGUUUUUUGCAGGCAGCAUACAGUUGGGUAAUGGGGUUUUUUCUUUUUUUGUUUGUUUAUUUUAAUCCAUUCAGUCUUUCUAUAACUUUUUGGUGGGGAAUUUAAUCCGUUUACAUUCAAGGCUGUUAUUGACAGGUGAAGACUUGCUCUUGUCAUUUUGUGAACUGUUUUCUGAUUGCUUUGUAUAUCCUUUGUUUUUUCCUCUCUUAAUGUUUAUCAUUGUGAUUUUGUGAUUUUCUGUGGAGAUAAGUUUUCCUUAUCUUCCUCCUUUGUGUAUCUAUAACACUAGUACAUUUUAUGCUUUUGCAUGUUUUCAUGAUGGUAAUUAUCAUCUUUUUGCCUUCAGAUAUAUUAAGCAUUUCUUGUAAGGCUGGUCUAGUUGUGAUGAAUUCCAUCAGUUUUUGUCUGGGAUCUGUGUUUAUUUUAAUUAUGUCUUGUCUUAUUCUCUAUUUUCUGUGUUAUUUUUAAAAAUUAUUUCAGAGAAGAUUGGUUCUUACACUGUGACUAUCCUUUUCUGUUUAUUUAUUUCAUUUUAAUUUUUUUAGAGACAGGAUCUCCCUCUAUUGCCCAUCAUGGAGUGCAGUGGUGUGAUCAUAGCUCAUUGCAGCUUCGGACUCCUGGGCUCAAGCAAUCCACUCACCUCAGUCUCUUGAGUAGCUGGGACUACAGUUGCAUGCCACCUUACCUGGCUUUUUUUUUUUUUUUCAGAGACAGGGUCUCAUUUUGUUGCCCAGGCUAGUCUUAAAUUCCUGGCUUCAAGCAAUCCUUCCACCUCAGCUAGGAUUACAGGUAUAAGCCACGAUACCCCACUCUGUGACUAUUCUUAUAUAUUGCUUUUAUGUCUUUGUUUGCUUGGAUUUUUAAUUGCAGAAUGUGUUUAAUAGAUUCUGUAAAUUUAUUGCAGCUUGGUUUUGAUACAUUUGGUUAUGAGUUAGUUAACCAGUGGCCUGGAGGAAUGUUUUGAAGUUAGAUGACAUGAGUAGCAUAAGGGGCUGGCUUUUAGCUCAGAACAACUUUUUUUUUUUUUUUUUAAUAUGGAGUCUUGCUCUGUCACCCAGGCUGGAGUGCAAUGGCACGAUCUUGGCUCACUGCAACCUCCAGCUCCUGGGUUUAAGUGAUUCUCCUGCCCCAGCCUCCUGAGUAGCUGGGAUUACAGGUGUGCACCACCACGCCCAGCUAAUUUUUGUAUUUUUAGUAAAAAUGGGGUUUCACAAUGUUGGUCAGGCUGGUCUCGAACUGCUGACCUCAUGAUCCGCCCACCUCGGCCUCCCAAAGUGCUGCGAUUACAGGUGUGAGCCACUGUGCCUGGUCAGCUCAGAACAACUUGUUGAGAUUAUACGAUGCUUUUCCAGUAAAAAUUAUUUAAUUUUGAUAAAAUAUACUUAAUGGAAAAAUGUAUCUUUUAACAUUUUAAAUUGUACAGUUCAGUGGCAUUAAGUAUAUUCACAUUGUUUUACAACCAUCACUUGCACUCAUCCACAGAACGUUUUUUACCUUGCAAAACUGAAACUCUGUGCUGUUAAACAGUAGCUGCCAUUCUACGCCCCCAUCCCAGCCCUUGUCAACCACCAUUCUACUUUGUCUAUGAAUUUGACUGCUCAGAGUACUUCAUAUAAGUGGGAUCAUACAGUUUUUGUCCUUUCAUUACUAGCUUCUUUCACUUAACAUAAUGUCUUCAAGGAUCAUCCUUGUUGUAGCAUGUGUUAGAAUUUCUUUCCUUUUUAAGUCUAUGAUACACCAUUGUAUAUACAUACUACAUUUUGUUUAUUCAUCUGUCAGUGGACAUUUGUGUUGCUUCUACAUUUUGGCUAUUGUUAAUACACUGCUGUGAAUGUGGGUGUACAACUGUGUCUUUGAGAUCUUGUUUUCAGUUCUUUUGAGAUAUAUACCCAUAAGUGGAAUUGCUGGAUCUUACGGUAAUUCUGUUUUUAAUAUUUUGUUGUGUUUGUGUUUUUAGUCUUAGAUUUUUUUCUUAGAUUUUUUUCUUAAUCAAGUUUUUCCAGAAGAGAGUAGCUUUAGGAAGAGAAUAAACACAUACUUUUAAGGUAUUAUCUCAGACUUUAGGCACAUUAUGAUCGUAUCAGUAGCACCCAUGUACUGAAUAAGUGAACUCAAAGAAAGGUUAUGUCGGGCAACUACCUCAAAGUUUUGUUAUCUCUGCUUGCAAUUUUUGUUCAGUCAUUGCACAAGUGCUUGAGGGCUUACUGCGUGUGAGGCUCUGUAGACUAAGUAUUAAUGAACUUUCUUUUUUGUCCUUGCAGUAGCAGGUACAGCUUUGAUCUCAGUUUUCUGCCAAAUGAAUGGUUCUGUGUUUUGUGCUCAUUCGUUUACAGAGAUCCUUCUGAACCACCUUGGAACCAGAAGGUGUGUGGUCAGAGAACCGUAAAUGGGCUGCUCUCUGCCUCUCUCACAGCAGUUCUGCCCCUCCUUGGGACCACUCGUUUUCAGCAUUCCUGGCCCAUCUUCUAUAUAUCUCUGGUCCAGAUUCCAGAGGAAACCUGUUUGACUUGAGUAGAUGCCAUUGCCCUUAUUGGGCCUUGCCUCAGGAGUUCCUCUGUAUAUCUCUGGUCCAGAUUCCGGAGGAAACCUGUUUGACUUGAGUAGAUGCCAUUGCCCUUAUUGGGCCUUGCCUCAGGAGUUGCUGGUUAGCCUAUGAAGGGGUUCCCCUUGGGUUGAUGACAUUGCUCCCAUCCAGAAAGUGGCUACUUCUACCCUCCUACUCCCACCACUCUGCAUGCAGGAGCUGUUAUCAUCAAAAGGGAAUGUCCACUGUCUGCUCUGUACCAGAGAAGUGCUAGGCUUCAUAAAUAUUGGUAAUCGAUACCUGAAUGGGAUGAAAAUUGGCAGGUCCUGGGAUGGAUGGCCUGGUUCAUCUGCAUCAGAACUGGAAAAACAAAAUCACACCAAAUUGCAGACUUUUUUGGAAGAGCGUGUUAGACAAGGUUUGUGGAUUGUUUGAUUUUUACCAAGAAAGAAAGCUUUCUCCUAAGAGGGUAAGAUUUCUACUUUAGUGAGCUCUAAGAGGAGUCCCAGUUUGCAAGAGAUAUUAUUACAGUUCUCAUCUGUGCGGACCAGAAAGUUUUCCAAAUUCAUGCAUUUCAGUUAUCUAACAUAUUUACUGAGCAUUUACCAUGUUCAGUAACCAGGGCCCUGGGAAUAUAAUAGGAGAAGGCAGAAGAGAUCCUUGCCUUCACCAAGCUUAUGUUUUUCUAUUUUAAGUAAAAUUUGCCAUGACAAAAUUUCUAUCAGCAGAAGAGCCAGUAACUCUUAUUGUAAUAGGUUUUACCCAGUUUUAGAAAAGGAAAGUAGCUAAACUCUUGGUUCCUUAGUGUGUGUUUUUGUUUGUUCAUUUCUAGUGCUUGUCUAUGUCUUUGGGGUAAUUUUUGAUUUAGAGUUUUGUAGAAAUUACUCGGCACAGUGUAGUUGAGGUGAAUAUAGGCAAGAAGGCUUAGGAAGCCUACAACAAAGGAAUCUGACACCAACUUUUGAGAUUUAUUCAGUCCAGCCAAGAGAACAUAUUUAUGGUCAAACUAGAUCUUGGAUUACAGCUCCAAAGACGCUUGGGCUGACAGAGCAGGUUCUCAUUUCUCAGCUCUUUCCCUUAUCACUUGCAGUGAACUCUGCCCCCAGGAGCAGAGUAUCCAGUUCUGUGUUCAAGCACUCUAUGAAUCUUUACCCUUGUUGAAGAAAUACUCAGAGACAGAAGCAUUUAGAAAAGGAAAGGUUUACCUGCAAAGAGAGCAAGAGAAUGGCUUGCCAAAUAAAAAACAUAAGUAUUUGAAGGAAAAAAUUAAAAACUGCCAAGGUUUCUGAGUUUGCAUUAGACUGUUCAUGGUGAAAAACAGUAACUGCCUCAUGUAAUUAUUGUAUUCAUAAAGGUUAUGGCAAAUCUUCAGAUGUAGUACAGGAAAAACCAAGGAUAAAAUUUCUUAGGGAGUCCAGGUUUAUGGGAAACAUUCAAGUUUUAUUGUUUUUUAGAUCGUCAACAGUUAGAUGACCCUAUCAUUUUUGUUUUGUCUCAGGGUGCAAAGUCUUUCUUUUCUGAUGGUGAUUGAUAUAGAUUGGCUGUGUCCCCACCCAGAUCUCAUCUUGAAUUCCCAUGUGUUGUUGGAGGGACCUGGUGGGAGGUAACUAAAUCAUGGGGGCAGGUCUUUCCCGUGCUGUUCUUGUGACAGUGAGGAAGUCUCAUGAGAUCUGAUGGUUAUUAUAAGAGGGAGUUUUCCUGCACAAGCCCUCAUUUUGCCUGCUGCCAUCUAUAUAAGAUGUGAUUUGCUGCUCCUUGCCUUCUGCCAUGAUUGUGAAGCCUCCCCAGCCAUGUGGAACUGUAAGUCCAAUAAACCUCUUUUGUAAAUUA